UGAACUUGGAACUUCCUGAAGGAAAAAAAACAAAAAACAUAAAGAGUUUCUCUGGACAAACAUGAAGCUCCUUGUUUUGCUGCUGCUAUUUGUUUUGACCUUUGUAGGACUUGCAAUUGAUGGGUGCCAGUGCAAGAUUGUGCAGUUUAUUUUUGGGGAUUCACUUUCAGAUGUUGGUAACAACAGGUACUUGUCUAGGAGUCUUGCUCAAGCUAGUCUGCCCUGGUACGGUAUAGAUUUUGGCAAUGGACUGCCUAAUGGCAGGUUUACUAAUGGACGUACAGUUGCUGAUAUUAUAGGUGACAAUACUGGUCUGCCAAGGCCGCCCGCUUUUCUCGACCCAUCUUUAACAGAAGACGUAAUCUUGGAGAAUGGAGUAAAUUAUGCUUCUGGAGGCGGAGGGAUUCUGAAUGAAACUGGUGGCUAUUUUAUUCAGAGGUUUUCUCUCAACAAGCAAAUUGAGCUAUUUCAAGGAACCCAACAGCUCAUUAUUAACAGAAUUGGCCAAGAAGAAGCAAAGAAGUUCUUCCAAAAGGCUAGAUAUGUUGUUGCUCUAGGGAGUAAUGACUUCAUUAACAAUUACUUAAUGCCGGUUUACAGCGAUUCAUGGAAGUACAAUGAUCAAACUUUCAUUGACUAUCUAAUGGAAACACUUGACAGGCAACUCAGGACAUUGCACAGCUUAGGGGCAAGGGAGCUGAUGGUAUUUGGGCUAGGACCAAUGGGCUGCAUUCCACUCCAAAGGAUCCUAAGUACAUCUGGGGGCUGUCAAGAAAGAACCAACAAACUAGCAAUUAGCUUUAAUCAAGCUUCCAGCAAGUUAUUAGAUAAUUUAACCACCAAGCUUGCUAAUGCAAGCUUCAAAUUUGGAGAUGCUUAUGAUGUUGUUAAUGAUGUGAUUAGCAACCCAACUCAAUACGGAUUCAAUAACUCCGACUCGCCGUGUUGCUCGUUUGGAAGAAUACGACCAGCUCUGACAUGUAUUCCUGCAUCAACAUUGUGCAAGGACAGGAGCAAGUACGUGUUUUGGGAUGAAUACCAUCCAUCAGAUAGCGCAAACGCGUUGAUUGCCAAUGAGCUCAUUAAGAAAUUUGGAUUUUUACGUGUUAAUGAUACAAAUGCUCCUUCCUCUGCACCAGCUGAUGCCCCAUCCUCAGAUUGAUCACAAAAUUUACGAGCGAAUUUUAAUCAUUGUUGCCACGCACUUGAUUGCAGCUAAUAACUUAUUGCUAUAUUUUGUUGAACAAGUAUUUGCAUUCUUACAAUCGUACAGUUGUACGUUGUACAAUAUUCAAGACUGAAGAGGCACAUGACCUUUCAAGCAUGGAAAGAUUACAUCUUUUUGUCUCCAA